CGUGUACCAGUUGAUAAUAACAGAAAAUAUACCAGAGACUUCUGAAUAUGUACCACUUCUUGCUCAGUUCUUCAGUGCCACUAUUGUCCUUCUAGCAUUUUCUGUGAUGUCUGCUGUUUGCGUUUUAAACCUUAAUUACUACGGAUGCUUUGGGGCGAGGGUUCCAAAACCUCUUAGGAGAUUUCUUUUCGGAUGUUGUGCAAAGGUUUUGUGUCUUUCGCCACACAUGAGUGACUUUCUACAACAGAUAGAGGAGAUGGAGUCAAACGAGAUUACAGUGGGGGCAGAUGGUAAGACCUCUCACAUGCCCUACCAU